AUGGCCCUGGAAGGCGACCUGGACGACGGCGCCCCGGUGCCCCUUCUCUUCCUCCAUCCAUGCGUCCUCCCGGUGGAGCUCCUCGAGACCUGGGCGGCAGGAGAGGUUCCCGAGGGUCGCGCGGGUGUGCUCGCGGAGCUGGAGCCGCCGGCCUACCUGGGCGACGGCGGGAGAACUUCCCCGUGCGGCUCGCUGAACACUCAACUUGGACCCCAACCUGCAGCAGUGAGGGUUCGUAGCAAAUUUCCAGGUCGAGCCCUCACCCGGUCAAACCCCACGCGCGCGAGGGAUUUUUCCAACUCCUCCUGCCCCCGCCCCCUUCCGUCCGCACCGCGGCGUCCGCCCUCGAUCCCGCCGCGCCGGCCAUGGAGGCCGGCUAGCUCCCCGGCGACCCUCUCCGCGCCGCCGCCGCCGACCCCGCCCCGGCCUCGCCCCAACGCGCCGCCCCGGCCCCGCCUCGCCACGCGCCACGACCGAUGCCGCGGUGACGACGAUGGUCGCCGCGACCCACGUCGGGCAAAGACGGAGGCGGGCGGGCACCCACCUCUGCCGGCGUUCCCUCCCGCGCCGCCCGCCCCCGUGCCCAUCCCCAAGAAGGCCAAACCGUCCGGGAAGCCGGCGAAACCGGCCGCGCCCGCCACCGCCCCAAGCCGGCUCCCGCGCGCAAGGAGAAGAAGCUCGCGGUUGAGGAGCCGGCGGUUGAUGAGGCCGGUGUGGAGGAGGAGGAGGAGGAAGAUGAAGAUGAAGAUGUCACCGAGAUCGGAGAGGAAAUGUUUGAAGCGGGAGGUGGUGCUCGAAGGCCAAAUCGCACGGCGAACUACACGGAGGUUGAGUAUGUUUUCUGUUUGGCAAAUGAUGUCUCCGAUGACUAUGUGA